AGGGUUGUGUUCAAUAUCAAAUUCUUUGCAUGGAAAUAAGGAAAGCUGCCAUAUUCUCUGGUUUUCUUAGGAAUCUAUGCCAUCAUAAACCUACCUAGAUACUUCCCGAAUACCUUCUUCCUCCAUCCUAAGUAACCAUUUCUUCUCUCUAUCCAAUCCGAUUUGUACUCAAGCAACUUCUCUACACAUAUUUUAACAUACCACCACACCAUACACAUCAUGGCGGAAAGAUCGGUAGAUCGUUCAGCGUCUAUCAGCUCUGCGUCGACAGAAGCCGAGAGGUUCGACGACAAAAAUGAAAAGCGUGCUUUGAUGGGUUCACAAGAGGGGGACUACAAAUUAAGGACGCCAGAGGAAUUGGAAGACAUGGAAGAAGAUAUUGAACGAGCAGAAUUACUUGCUCCGCCACCAGAAGAGAAACCAAAGGCUCCGGAAAGUUCGAUCAGAUCAUCAAUAAUUUGGAUGGUGGUAAAUACACUGGCGACAAUUGGCAUUGUGAGUUUUCCAAAAUUCCAUUCCAGCCCACCUCCAAUUUCAACAUGGUUUCAAUAGUCUUGAUUGCCGUACGAACAUCACGGCUUUCAAUUCUUGGACGAAAUUGGAAUAACAAAUUGUGUGAAAUACUGAAUUCAUCUAUCUUGAAGGUUGAGUUAGUUUGCACUUUCCUACAACAUUCUAACGAAUUCUCAGGUCUUUACCAACAAGGCAAUCUUUUCCGAUCCUUCUUUGAAACUCGCACAACUCACAUUCGCCGCAUUUCAUUUCACCGUGACAUGGCUAACUCUCUAUACACUAUCACGACCACGGUUUGCCAUGUUCACACCAAAAAGAAUUGCAGUGAAGGAUAUCUUUCCACUUGCUAUUUCCAUGGCAUUAAAUGUCAUAUUACCGAAUUUAUCACUUGCCUUUUCCACAGUUACUUUCUAUCAGGUAGCUCGAAUCCUACUUACACCAACCGUCGCACUUAUGAACUUUGUUCUAUACCGAUCAACGCUACCUAGAAAUGCGAUAUAUGCUUUGAUACCAGCUUGCAUUGGUGUGGGAAUGGUCUCCUAUUACGAUUCACUACCGACAGCUGAUGCGAAUAUCAAAACCACAACUACGUUGGGAGUAAUUUUCGCAUUCGCCGGAAUCUUCGCCAGUUCUCUCUACACAGUAUGGAUCGCCAGUUACCAUAAAAAAUUGCAGGUCAACAGCAUGCAAUUGUUGUUUAGCCAAGCACCAUUAGCAGCCUUCAUGCUGCUGUACGUUAUCCCAUUUGUAGAUACCUUUCCCGUUUGGAGCGAGGUGCCUGUCAACCGUUGGGUUAUGAUUUUCAUGGUAUGUUAUCUCGUAUUGGACUCGUAUAUGCAUUUGUCACAUCAGCUAAUCUCUUUUUCUUUUCCCAGUCUGGAUUAUUCGCAAGCAUAAUAAACAUGUCCCAAUUUUUCAUCAUUGCUCAAACUGGUCCCGUUUCCAGCACUGUCGUUGGACAUGUGAAAACAUGUUCAAUCGUUGCUCUCGGAUGGAUGACUUCUGGGCGCGCUGUUGGUGAUAAAUCAGUAAUUGGAGUUUUUAUUGCAAUUGCUGGGAUCGUUGCGUAAGCUUUUCCUCUUUUUUUGUUUUCCCUCCAACCAACUCCGAGAUCUACUAUUUUGGGGCCCCCAGCCCGACAGCUUGGCAAAGCGACCAGCACCGUCUUCCAAGCAUUCCUCGGUUUCGAACUAUUUUAACGCCCAUCCCCUGAAGACCGUCCGCCUAAGCCCGUCCGCCUAAGCCCGUAACGAUGUUUCAAUCACGGAUUCUCUUCUGUUAGUUUUGUCAAACGUCGAAUAGUUUUACUAACGGAUUCUUUUUGUGUCAGGUAUUCGAUGGUAAUGAUCAAACACAAAACUCAGCCAAGGAAAUAGAUGACUGUAAUCAAAGGUCAUCUACCCUAUAUACUAUUUUGCAAGAGGAUGGACUCGGAGCAUAACUGUGUCGUUCGGUGAUUCAUCCCGCAGACUUGGAGGAGGAUGUUGCAUCAUCACGAAGCAUUAUCAAGCGGGCGGGGUAACAUUCCCCCGUGCAUGAUGCAUUAUCAGGAACCUCAACGCCAGACGAUUGUUGAGUCCGUGCUUGUACUUCCAUUUUCCUACCUUGCUCAAUUAAUAGAUUUCUGGAUCCCCAUAUGCCAUACAGUUUGAUGGAUGUAUUGUUAUUUUAUUGUAUUCCCAUUAAUAGCCUCAUUCGUUUCUUUCUAUCCUAUAUUAAUUUUUGAAUUUCAUGUAAGGUUAGGAUAAAUUUGCGCAAAAAGAUACCAAGGAGCA